GAUUACUGAAAUUAUUGAAGAGGGUUCAAUAGAAACCACUAAAUCUCCUCACAAAUUCACAACCAAGUUACACAGAGCUUCCAUGGCAUCUUGUAGCUUGAGCUUCAAGCUAUUUAUAGAUUCCAAAAAUCACAAGGUCCUGUUCGCCGAAGCAGGGAAAGAUGUUGUUGAUUUUCUUUUCAGCAUACUCACGUUGCCUGUUGGCACUGUCACUCAACUUCUCAAGAGACAAGGCAUGGUGGGUACACUUGGAAAUCUUUACAAGAGCAUUGAGGAUUUGAAUGAUACAUACAUGCUGCCACUACCAGACCCAGUCAACAACAACAAUAAGGACGCUCUGUUGAAGCCCAGAUUUGCAAUUUCAACCCCCACUGCAAACGUGCCUCUCUUGUUGUCCAAUGUUGCGAAUGAUGUUCUUUACAGGUGUUCCCAAUGUCGUGUACAUGUUUCAGAUGACCCACAAGCCAUCUGUCCUCGCUGUAGGCGCAAUAUUGGCUUACAGGCUUUAUCUUGUGGUCAAGCUUCAGCUUUUGGUUCAUCAAAGUCUGCCUCUGGUGAUGUUGAGGGUGGCUUUGUGAAGGGGGCAGUGACUUAUAUGAUAAUGGAUGAUCUGGAGGUGAAACCAUUGUCUACAGUGUCGAUUAUUAGUUUGCUCAGCGAGGUUAAUGUCAAGGAUGUGGGUGUUGUUCAAGAAAAGGAGAUCAAUUUAUCUAUGGAUGAGGGUCUGAAGAUGUUGAAGGCUUCUUUUAUGACUCAAACUGUACUUACUCAUGUUUUCCUUGGAGGGGAAAAGAGUCAAAAGACUACGGGACGUAUUCCUUCUGUGUAUGAUGCUCCAAUAUAAAUUGGUGAUAUAACUUAUAAUAUAUAUUUAGUGUUUUUUUGGUAGAAUAUAUGCUGUCUAAAAUGCAUAUGUAUUGGGUUUUUUUUUUUUUUUUUUUUUUUUGAAAAUCGAUUAUGCUUCUAAAUCUUGUUGUAUUGCAGUCGUUUUUAGUGAAUUUCUUAGCGAGUGUUGUUGUAAGUGGUCCUACCUUAAUUGACGAAAUCACGUUAAAUCAUGUGUUGUCUCGAAUUAUUUUUUUUGAUACACUUAUCAUAAUUUUGAGAAUUUUGUUUGAAGUUA